AUGGGUGACGGUACACUCAUCGUUCAGUCCGCCAGGGGCGCUACAUACGACUCUGGGGAGGACCUUUCAGAUAUAGUGAAGAAUCUCAACCCUAGAUGGGCCGUUCGCUCCCGGGUCAGCCAGACCCCAGGAACCCGUCUCUGGUCUCUUAGUGCUACAGUUGACCAAACCCAGGGCGAUAAGUCUACAGAGGAGGAUAUCCCUCUGGGUCUUCCAUGGGGCGACUUUAUAAGAUGGUUCUCGCUUGCGCGGAUCUCCAACCCAUGGAUAGCUCCCGUCCACGGCAAGACCCGGUUCGACUUGAAUCGUGACGGCGUAAUCUCGUCUUUCCUAAAUCCACAGGGCCAGCAUUUGGUCAUCCUGGCCCUUUCGGGACUACGGAAUGUCUCGACGAGUCUUCAAUCUGAUGAGGCUGGAAACGUUGUAGCGAGAGUUAUUAGUGAUAGCAAUGCCAAAGAAGAAGCAACUAUUCUAGUCGCGAUGGGCGACGACUUUCGAAGAGCAAUGGCGGCGACAAUGUACCAGGCCCGAGACCUUGUAGUAGCCCUGGCAUAUGAAGACGCGCAACGGCAGCCUGGAGUAUCUGAAUUCGAUGGUCCUGUCCGGCCAGAGUGGCGCGAGGAUUGGUAUGAUGGAUUGGGUUACUGCACCUGGAACUCCCUGGGCCAGCAGUUGACCGACGACAAGAUAUUUCAAGCACUAGAGAAGCUUCGAUCCAGUAAUCUAAAAGUCUCAAAUCUGAUAAUCGACGACAACUGGCAGUCCAUUGACCACCGAAGCGACGACCAAUUCGAAAACGGCUGGCUCGAUUUCGAAGCAGACUCUCGAUACUUCCCCCGAGGACUGAGAUAUACUAUCCGCCGUAUCCGUGAAGAGAAUCCUCAUAUUCAGCAUGUUACAGUCUGGCAUGCACUGUUCGGUUACUGGGGCGGCAUCUCUCCUAAUGGAAGGCUAGCGAAGUCCUACGAAACCGUUGAUAUCAUGCAGCGACGCGGAAUAGGGGAAGACCCAGGCCAAAUAAAGACAACUACUGUGAUUGCGAAGGACGAUAUUUCUCGAUUCUACCAAGACUUUUACAGGUUCCUUUCCCUGUCCGGCGUGGACGGCGUCAAGACCGACGCGCAAUUUAUGGUCGACACCUUAACUUCGUCGUCCUCUCGGAGAGAACUCACGAAUGCCUACCUCGACUCCUGGAAUAUCUUGUCCAUUCGUAGAUUUGGCAACAAGUCUAUCUCCUGCAUGUCCCAGGUGCCUCAAAUCAUGUUCCAUACCCAGCUACCACACAACAAACCUCAAAUAGUCUGCCGAAACUCCGAAGACUUCUUUCCGGAUGUGCCCUCAUCUCACCCGUGGCACAUAUGGGCGAAUGCUCAUAACAGUAUCCUCACGCGAUACCUAAACGUCCUGCCUGAUUGGGACAUGUUCCAGACAGUUCACGACUAUUCAGCUUACCACGCUGCGGCGCGCUGCGUAAGCGGCGGCCCAAUAUACAUCACUGAUGUGCCGGGAGAUCAUAACCUCUCCCUUAUUCAAGAGAUGACGGGCCAGACUAUUCGCAGGAGGACGGUGAUAUUCCGUCCUAGUGUUGUUGGCCAAGCCAUUGAUCCGUACAUCGGCUAUCAUGACGACGUAUUGCUAAAAGUUGGUAGCUAUAACGGUGGCUCUGAGACUGGAACUCCCAUCCUCGGGGUAUUCAACGUCUCGUCUCGCCGGCUCACCGAACUCAUCCCCUUGGCUUCCUUCCCCGGAAUCGGCAGCUUCUGCCGCUACGUCGUAACCGCUCAUGCGGCUCAUACCAUCAGCCGCCCCAUCAAACUUGACGACCCCUCGGCCCUCCUCACCGUCGUCCUUGACGUCCGCGGUUACGAAAUCUUUACGGCGUAUCCGACACUAUCCUUUAACCCCGGUGAGAAUAAAGAGGUACUUGUUGCCAACUUGGGACUGCUGGGUAAGAUGACGGGUGCUGCGGCCGUGGCCGGAAGCAAAUUCCACGUUGCGGCGAAUGGGAGACUUCAGCUCGACACGGAUCUCAAGGCUCUUGGUACUCUAGGCAUCUACAUCUCCCAUCUCCCAACCUUAACCAUUGACGACGACUUCAUCGCCACCAUUUCCGGGAGAAUCAUCCCACCGGGCACCGUCUCCAUCAGCAAACGCGACGAACACGUCCUGGAAAUCGACAUCGAGACUGCUUGGAAGGAAGUCGGCCAGCCCGUUGGCUGGAGCAAUGAGGUUGACGUUCGGGUUUACUUUACGUUGAAGAAAUAG